GUCUACUUUAGUGUUACCAAUUGUUAUUUACAAUGGGUGAAGUGUUCUAUGAUGAUGUUAUUGUUAGUAAUAAGGAUAGGGAAGCAAUAUUGCUGGAAUUUCAGGAGCCAUACCAGAUUUCGGAUCAAGGAUCAAGUUCAGCGAGAAUUGAUAAUUCUAACAAUGCCAAUGUUCCAAAUAAUGGCCCAGUACCAGAAACUCCUACCAUAUUUUCAUUAUCUUACUUCCAAAAAUUCUUUAAUGUCAAUACAGAGGAUGUGGUUAAAAGGAUAAAGGAUUCCAUGGUACCUAGUUUAAAAGCUGAUUAUUAUGAAUCACUAAUUAAAGCAAGGCCCGAUUUGUAUGGUCCAGUUUGGGUUUGCCUUACUUUAUCCUUUUCUUUAACAAUUGGAUCCAAUCUUUUUGAUUACUUUAACACUAACAGAAACCAAAUGGAGCAUUGGAAAUAUGGGUUCCAUGUUAUUACCAAAGCAUUGUUUGCUGUAUUCGUUUAUUCAUGGGUACUCCCUAUAAUGUUAUGGAGUUUAUUGAAAUGGUAUUUAUCAUCUGAGAUGUGUAUUUCAGCUUUGGAGCUUAUCUGCACUUACAGUUAUGCAUUAGUUGUGUACAUUCCUUUGUCUAUUUUUUGGAUAGUACAUAUUCCAUAUUUGCAAUGGGUUUUACUGCUUGCGGGAUUAAUUUCAUCUGGAAUUGUUUUGAUUUCUACAAUGCAGCCCAUGGUUAGCAAAGAAAAUUAUACUGUUGGUGGAGCUAUAAUAGUUUUACAUAUUGUUUUUAAUGUUUUAAUAUUUAUGUAUUUUUUUCAUUAGUACAAACAACUUAAUUUAUGUUUUUCUUUUGGUAAAAUAAUUAUUUUAUAUUUGUUUUGUUAUUUUGAAUUUUAAUUCAAUUGUCCAUUGAUGUUAAUUUAAGAUUUAUGCUUUGUAUUCAGUCAGUUUUACAAAUUUAUUUUACUUUAAAGUUACUUUAUAUACAAGUUAUAUUUCCUAAUUUAAGCUAUGUUUAUGAUAUAACUCCAUAAGAUUAAUAGAAAGUAUCUAUUUCCCAAAUAAAUUUUAGUGCUAAUGUUAUGAAUGAGUUCUCCAAGCAUUUUAGUGUACAGUAGAGCAUUGAUAUUUAGAUUUUUUACGAAAACUUUAUGUCAAUGAAGGUUUGUAAAAUAAAAAAAUAUAAGGAUUAUCGAGAAAAAUAAACCAUGUUUUAAAAAAAAACCAUUGGUGUUUAUUUAUGCAGAAUACAGAAAAUAGUGAAAAAAUCAAAUGAAAUAUACAUGACAUAAGUUAAAUAUGUAUGUACUUUCAUUAUCAAGAUUAAUCCAUGACUCAAAGUAAAUUGUUAUUCUUUUUUGCUUCAAUGUUAAUAAUGUCAGCUAUCUCUCUGAUUCCUUUGGACCAAUUAUACAAAUAGUUCUUAGUAAUUAAAUAAUUUAUUUAAUUACUAAGAACUACAGCUAAUGGGCCACUUUCUGAGAAAUAAUCAGAUUUCUCCAUCAAAUUUUGUUUAUUCGCCGUUUAAUGCCAUUUUGCACUCCAACUAGAACAAGAAGGACGGGUUACUCGUAGAAGUAUGUGUUAAACUAAUUUGAUGAAUGCUCUAUACAAAUAUUCACCUCUUUCCUAUAAUCUUAUGUAUUUUUAUGAUAUUUGUAAUUAAUAAAGAUUUUAUGCUGUUGUAACAUGAUGUUUUUUAGGUAUACCUAUUUAUUAUGUGAUUUUUUAAAGCUGUGAUUAAAUUGUUUAAAUAAUAAAUACAAUGAUAGUUUUUU